AUGGAGAAUGAAUGGUACAUCCCAGCCGCGGUGUCUCCUGGGAGAUCUGCCGGCCCGACCCGUGCGAAGAUCAGUUGUAGAACAGUCGGCGGCCGGACGUGCCACAGCACCACAACCACACACAUGUACAGCAACACCGCUUCACAACGGUCCGUGCACAACAUGGAACUGGCCAUGGCCGGACCACAUCAAUCUCGUAGCCACUCCAUCGGUUGCGGCUCCCUUCGGCUGGUGAUUUUUGAGAUCGUGCAGUGGGUUACCCUGUUCAUCCCGACUAUCCUGACAGCGCACCAGCUUGUACAGAACCUCGGGACCAGGGAGGGAGUCCUCCCGAGCCUGGCUGGCGCGCAAGUCGGCACCUUCUGGUGGAUUUUCGGCUGCGCGUCCAUCGGAGUUUCGCUUUUCGUGUACUUCCCGACAAAAUACAUGGUGCACAGGAGACUGGACCCCAGGAAACAGGCGUGGCGCCCCGCCGUGCUGCUGUAUAACGUGUUCUGCGGAGGGCCGUGUUUCGCCUUCAUUCUACUCGGCACUAAAAUUUUCCGUGAGGCCCGUCUGCAGGAGGAUGUGAGGUCCCGGAUGUAUGACGAGGCCGUGUAUUUCGCGGCUCCUGUUAUCGUGUUCGGCCUAAUACUGACGGAGUGGUUCUGCAAAGGUCGGGAGGACCUCGCGUCCAACGUACGAGCGGAGGCGAUGAUCCACGACUUCCUGACGGUUUACGACAUGCUGGAACUGUUGGCCGCCGGUCGGGACUCGGUCGUGUACGAGUCGUACUGGAUCUACGCUGUGUACGGCGUCGCGUUCGUCUCCAUGUUCAAGUUCGUGCUGAGAGCGCCUUCCUGUGAUUACACCCACCUCGCUAAACCCUACUUGUUAGCGAACUUGGGUUUACACGAAGUGCCGUACUGUGUACUGAGGAUAGCACUUAUCGCGCUGUUUGGACUCAAGCAGGGGAAACUUAUUUAUCCUCUGAAGAACUUCUUAGCGAUUGUGUUCCGCAUGUACCAGCUACACGACCCUACGGACUUCUGAAAGGGAGAGUGAUGUGUGAAAGUGAGAGUGGACUCCUCUGAAGACGCACCAAGGAGGGAGGGGUGAAAGUGGAACAAAAAUGUGGAAACUUUCAGUGAAGCGAUCGGACUGACUUCUUUUACUAAUAAACAAAGAGGAGACGAGUUUAUUUUUAUAGAAGCAGCAGAGACGUCGCCCCGACAUGACUAAAGAACAGACUUGAUGGGCUGUUCCAAGACCGACCUUGGAUGUGAAAGAACUUAGUAGUACAUGUACAAUGUAUUAUCAAUUAGCCAAUAGCCUGGGUGCCAGACUGUUGCCAGGGUCAACAUGUCCCAAAGGAAAUUUACCAAUGACAAACCCCAUGGUCUAUUACUAGUAACAGGGGCAUCCAGGCUAGCUUUCAUCCCUUGAAAUGGCUUCCAAACUUCCAAACUCUUCCGUUGACAGACACA